AUGGGUUUUAGAGAUAUGAAAUUAUUCAAUCAAGCAAUGCUAGGAAGGCAAAGUUGGAGAAUUCUUACUGUACCAAACUCUUUGUGUGCUAAGGUGCUUAAGGGGAGGUAUUUCCCCCAUGGUGACUUCUGGAAUGCGAAACAACCAAGAAAUUCUUCUUACACAUGGCGCGGUCUGAUGUUUGGAAGAGAAUUAUUGAAGAAGGGUGUAAUAUGGAGAGUGGGUAAUGGCAAGAAAAUUCAACUGAUAAAAGACCGCUGGAUUCAAGGUUUGGGUGUGCUAAAACCUGUUAUUAAUCUACAGGUGGACACAACAGUAAGCUAUCUUAUAGAUGAAGCUAAGGGGACAUGGAAUGAGAACCUGGUUAAGGAGUGUUUUAAUCCAAGUGAUGCUGAGCAAAUCUUACAACUGCCAUUAUUGCACAACCAUUGCGAAGAUUUUCCUUCAUGGCCUUAUACUAAAGAGGGUAUCUACUCUGUCAGAUCAGCCUACAACUUGGCAAAAAUGGAAGGAUUCCACAAAUUCUUAAGUGUAAAUGGAAAAGGGGAAAGUUCUGAUAUGACAAAAAUAAAGAGGGUAUGA